CCAGCAUUUAUGGCAGUGCGAACCUGCUCGGUUUCAAAGAUUUUGAACCCCAACGAGCCUUAGAGCCAUGGACUACUCUCUGAAGCAUGGCUAUUUGCCCCAGAUGCCUCAAGCAAUCCAUCAGGCAUGAGCUCAAUCAUGCUGAGAAAACUAAUUCCUUAUUCGCUUCAGAAAAACUUGUGCGCCGCAAGUCCCCACCUUUUACUCCGCUACUCCUCUGCACUUCCCUCCCCAUCACCCAAACGAAGAGAAGCCACCAUUUUUAACGCGAAAACUGGCAGUCACGCGGUGUUCUACAACUCCCAAAUUACGAAAAAUGGAAGGAAUGGGAAUCUACAGGAAGCGCAAUCCAUAUUCGAUCACAUGCCCUUCCGAGACGUCGUCUCAUGGACUGCGCUGCUCACGGCGUAUGCUGAAAACGGCGAUGUCUCCAAAGCCCGGCAGGUGUUUGACCAAAUGCCGAAGAGAAACACCGCAUCAUGGAAUGCCAUGAUAUCAGCUUACGCGCGUGCCUUGAAGGUUUCAGAGGCUUAUGAGUUGUUUUCGAAAAUGCCCACAAGAAAUGUGGUCUCAUAUGGUGCCAUGAUUAUGGGGUUUGCAAAGAAUGGAAUGCUAGAGGAGGCUGAGGAAGUCUACCAGGAGAUGCCUCAGAUGGGGCGAGACCCAGUUGCUUCUAAUGCUUUAAUUUGUGGGUAUUUGAAAGCUGGCAAGCUGGACAAGGCUGUUCAAGUAUUCAAUAGAAUGGGGAUGAGGGAUGUGGUUUCUUGGAGCUCGAUGGUCGAUGGAUAUUGCAAAAAUGGGAGAAUUUCUGAUGCAAGAGAUGUUUUUGAUGCAAUGCCCGAAAGGAAUGUGGUUUCCUGGACUGCUAUGGUUCGUGGAUACUUAAAAGCUGGAUUUUGGGAAGAGGGAUUCAGACUGUUUGUGCAGAUGAGAAGGGACGCUGUGAGGAUCAGUUCGACGACAUUUUCUGUUAUGCUUGAUGCUUGUGCUGAUAAGGAUAGGAUCAGAGAAGGGGUUCAGAUUCAUGGGCUGGCCUUGACAAUGGGAUUGGAAUGUGAUGUCUUCUUGGGUAAUUCUGUUAUAAGUAUGUACUCUAGAGCUGGUUGGAUGACUGCUGCUAGAAGGUCAUUUGAUUGCAUGAAAGAGAAAGAUGUAGUUUCAUGGAAUUCUUUAAUUAAUGGAUAUGUUCAGCUUGAUGCAAUUGAGGAAGCAUAUGCAUUGUUUGAGUUGAUGCCGGAAAGGGAUGUUGUUUCUUGGACUUCUUUGGUGGUGGGCUUCUCUAACAGAGGGUGGACUAAAGAAUCUGUUCGUAUAUUUGAACAGAUGCCCAAAAAAGAUGGAAUUGCUUGGACUGCAAUUAUUUCAGGUUUUGUCAGCAAUAGGGAGCAUGAAAGUGCAUUGCGAUGGUUUGGUCGCAUGGUAGAAGAGGGGUUUAGACCUAAUCCUGUCAUGUUAAGUAGUGUUUUGAGUGCCUUGGCUGGUUUGGCAAUUUUAGAUCUAGGAAUGCAGGUUCAUGCCUGUAUCAUUAAGAUGGAUUUCGAGGUUGACGUUGCCAUUCAGAGUUCUUUAGUGUCGAUGUAUGCAAAGUGUGGAGAUGUAAGAGAUGCCUAUCGUAUCUUCUCAAGCGUCCAUGAGCGAAACCUUGUUACUGUGAACUCAAUGAUAACAGCAUUUGCUCAACAUGGUCUGGCAGAGGAGGCACUUAAAUUAUUCGCAGAGAUGUUGAAAAACGGGUAUAAGCCUACCCAGGUCACCUUUCUAGGGCUUCUUUCUGCUUGUGCUCAUGCAGGCCUUGUUGAAGAAGGGUACAAAUACUUCAAAUCCAUGAGAUCUUAUGGUGUUGAACCAGGGCCAGAUCACUACACCUGUAUGGUUGAUAUACUUGGACGUGCUGGGUUGCUGAAAGAUGCAAUGGAAUUAAUUAACUCAAUGCCAUGUAAACCCCAUGCGGCAGCAUGGGGUGCUCUCCUUAAUGCUAGCAGGAUCCACUUCAAUCUUGAAUUUGCAGAGCUAGCAGCCCAGCAACUUUUUGAUCUAGAACCCAAUAAUGCAACAGCUUAUGCAGUCCUAUCCAGCAUGUAUUCUUUGGCAGGGCUGAAGGAGGAUGAGGAGAAAGUGAGAAUGCUGAAACAGUCCAAUGGUGUGAGGAAGAUUCCAGGUUAUAGUCGAAUUAUACCUGAUCAAAAUGCAAAUCAGUGGAGCAGAGUGUUAAUCCCUCGAAUGCAGCUUAGAUAAUUUCAGGAAGACAAAUCAACAGAUGUGUCUCAGUUAAGUUCUUAUUGGGAACAUAUAUAAAUCAGGAAGUAUCCAUUUACAUCAAAGGGAUGUGGUUCUUGAAAUUGAGAUCAGGCAUUUUGAUCCGAUCAUCAGCUUUCUUGGUCCUAAGCAGUGAAGAGUUUUAUGAUGCAGAAACAUAAACCAUGAUUGAUUUCAUAUUAUGGUGUGCAACUUCCAGAGGACAAGUGUCAGAAACACAUAUAUCAGGCAAAAGGCAAAAGUAUGUACUUUCUUGAAAUGAUUAUCCCGCCAAAGGGGGAGGGGGGGGGGGGGGCUUUCAUAUUUCAGAUUUGUGGGUGCUAGCUGAAACUGAAAUAAGUACAUUAUUGACAAAAAUGAGCAAAACUGAAGGAGAUUAUGUAAAGAUAUUUCAGGGAAAGAAGCAUGUUGGUAUAUCUUCAUGCCAUGAAGUCAUUAUAGCUGAGCAUGGUGGUCUAGUAUAUGAUCAGAGUUGCAAAAAUCCAUUUGAGAUUCCACUUUUGCUUGGUCUUCACCGAACAUUAACUUUCAGUGGCUGUGUUGAGUAACCGACAUUCUGGUUUGUUGCGUUCCAAUUUCAUAUAAUGUUACUAUUCUAUUCAUUAUGUAAAAACUAUUUGAUUCGUUUUUACUUAAUAUUAGACUAUUUGAUGAAUAUAAAAA